CCACGGAAACGCACGGGGGCCCGCGGCCCCGCCAUGAGCUUACGCGUGGCGCGUGGCGCGUGGGCCUGGGGCUGGGGCGCGCGCUGCCGCCGGGCCGCUGCGAACUUCCCGCUGCCCCCGCCGGGCGCCGUGAACGUGGCGGAGCUGCUGCGAGAUGCCAUGGCCGCGGAGGAAGGGCCCCGCGAGGCGGAGGCGCGGCGGCGGCGGCGGCCGCCGGGCCAGUGCUCGGUGCUGCUCUUCCCGGGCCAGGGUAGCCAGGUGGUGGGCAUGGGCCGGGGGCUGCUCGGCUACCCGCGCGUCCGCGAGCUCUACGCCGCCGCCCGCAGCGUGCUGGGCUACGACCUGCUGGAGCUGAGCCUGCACGGGCCGCAAGAGGACCUGGACCGCACCGUGCACUGCCAGCCCGCUGUCUUCGUGGCUUCGCUGGCCGCCGUCGAGAAGCUGCAUCACCUGCAGCCCUCGGUUAUUGAGAACUGCGUCGCUGCUGCCGGAUUCAGUGUGGGAGAAUUUGCAGCCCUCGUGUUUGCGGGAGCCAUGGAGUUUUCAGAAGGUUUGCAUGCGGUGAAAAUCCGAGCCGAGGCCAUGCAGGAAGCCUCGGAAGCUGUCCCCAGUGGCAUGCUGUCUGUCCUUGGCCAGCCUCAGUCCAAGUUCGCCUCCGCCUGUUUGGAAGCCCGGGAACACUGCAGGACUCUGGGCAUAGAGAACCCUGUGUGCGAGGUGGCCAGCUACCUCUUCCCUGACUGCAGGGUCAUCUCAGGACACCUGCAGGCCCUGCACUUCCUCCAGAGGAACUCCUCCAAGUUUCACUUCAGACGCACCAAGAUGCUGCCGGUCAGCGGCGGGUUCCACACCCGCCUCAUGGAGCCGGCCGUGGAGCCCCUGGCCCGGGCCUUGGAGUCCGUCAGCGUCAAGAAGCCUCUGGUUUCCGUCCACUCGAACGUCGAUGGGAACAGAUACACGCAUCCCAAACACAUCCCGAAACUGCUGGUGCGCCAGGUGGUCUCCCCGGUGAAGUGGGAGCAGACGAUGCACGCCGUGUACGAGAGGAAGAGGGGCACGGAGUUCCCCCGGACCUUCGAAGUGGGGCCUGGGCAGCAGCUGGGCAGCGUCCUCAAGAGCUGUAACCUGCAGGCCUGGAAGGCGUACGGGCACGUGGGCGUCCUGGAGGACGAUGGGGCCUAGCCCGGCCCUGCGGGGGGCGGGGGGCCCCGGACCUGCCCUGCCUUUCCAGAGGCUUCCUCCUCCUGGAGUGAUGGGGAGGCGUGGUCUGCAAAGUGCUUUGAAUGCCGCAUAAAAAGCGCUGAGAGUAUUUCUUUA